CCUUUCAGUUGUAAUAAGUGUGAUGUUACUGACACGUUGUUGCCCAUGGUGCUGCGGAGAUAAGUUUUCAAUCUACGCAACGCACUGAAUGAUCGUUCUGCAGACCAAAAUGUAGUAGGCAUCACUCUAAGGUUAUGUACCGCAUUAGAAAGCACUGAAAACAUAUCAAAUUAAUCAUUCUCGUGCAUUGUCUCCAGUAUUUCUGGAACAGUCAUGUAGCCUAAACCGCGCACACGCCGAAACCCCGGGUACAUUUUCUGCUCAGCUUGGAGAAUCUCGCCGUCGAUUUUGUAAAAUUUAGCAACGCGGGAGAAACUUUCUUUAACAGGUUUUUCACUGUGAGAGAUGUUUCCCAAAGCAUAGAGUAUUUCCUGAUCAUUCCCGCUAAACCUGAGCUGAAGCUUGGACAGCGCCUUACUAACCGGGGUUAAACCACGUGUGUGACGCAGGCUAUACGGUGGUGCGAUUCCGGUGUCAGCUCCGUUUGUUUUGCGCGUGUUCACCUACAAGGGCUUGAAGGCGGCGCGAUGGCGUUCGUCUGAGUGCCCUGGCUUCGCGUAAUUCAAACUUCUUCAUUUUCAGACCUCGGCCGAUGCUAUCUGCCAUACGCUGUUGAAACGAUCUUCACUCAGACACUACCCUUCACGAAUAACCAGAAAGUCAUAACGUGCUAGCCAAUUACUGUCUCUUGUGACUUUAACUGGUUUAAAUGAAAAAUAUCUAUCUCUUCGAAAUAAUAAAAAGAUUUGGAAACUCACUUAAAGGCUGACUUUCCCAAAUUUCAUUUUCUCUUUCUUCCACCCCAUCCCCCCCCCCCCCGGCCCUUGUGCAUAUACUAUGGCUUUGCCUCUAAGACAGACAGCAAUUACUCUCUCAAUACAUUACCUGCUUUCACUGCUAAAAUAGGCCAUGGCUCUUCUUUUAAUUAAACAUCUUUACUUUCAGAAAUCUAUACUGAGUCAUGGUUUUCCAGGCAUUCCAGGGUCAAAUGGCAUGCCCGGAAUGCCGGGCGUGCCUGGGCCACGGGGACCCCAGGGAAGAGAAGGUCCAAAAGGACAAAUUGGUGAUAAGGGAUCACAAGGAGUGCAGGGUCCAAGAGGAGACAGAGGACGCGAAGGGCCUCCCGGGAAGAGCGGACCGCCAGGAAAUGUGGGAAUGAAAGGUGAAUCAGGGCUUGUGGGAAUGAAAGGAGAGCCAGGCAUUGUGGGAAAUCAAGGAAGAAAAGGAGACAAAGGAGAGAAAGGAGAAAGCGCCAAAGCAAGUCAAGCAAGUGUAGUACCACAAACCAACUGGAAACAAUGUGUGUGGAAAUCAGGCAGCGGUACUGAUAACGGAAAGAUUAAGGUAAACAAGAAACGCGCUAAAAGCUAAACACGAACUAUUUAUAAGUACCACAGAUGAUUUUCAUAGGUGGAAAGAGGUCGAAAAUCCUUUUUCUGAGAUAAACAUUUAAAGCACAGCUAUGAUCCCAACCUCAUUGUCUCAGCCUUCAUCCCCAAUCAACCUUUCUCCAGCUGGCCGGCAUUAAUUUUUGUAGAAAAAUUUGAAACGGCAAACUGAUCCUUACGGCAAGGCGAUGAAGAAGUAGACAAAAGAACAAUCGAAAAAAUAUAUAUAUUUAAAGAAACUGCUCAAUAUUUCGGUUUGAAAACAAACCUUCUUUAGGGGCUAAAAGAAAAAAAAAAAAUAAAUCUUAAAGUUCCUUACAAAUAAGAAUUUGAAAAUGUGACAAUAAAAGCGGUGGAUUGUUAUUGGUAUAGGAGACUAAGUGAUAUCAUAUAUCAGUGAGCUGCGCCGCGUCUAUUUAUUCCUAGAGGAAAUAAUGUGUUCCCUUUGUGUAUUAAAUGAGCUUCUCGAGCCUUUCUCACUGCGUCACAGUUGUACUGAUCCAGGUCUACAACUGGGAGAUCCGGCACCACUCAUUGGUUUGUUGCUGUGGACUUCCUGAUAUUUUAUAUAUUAAUUUUUGUGUUAUUUAGCAUUAUUAGAGUUGCGGACAUUUUAAUCGUUUUGUUUUUUUGUUUGUUUUUUUUUUUUCGUAGGACUGUGCUUUUAACAAGUUGAAAUCGGACACAGCGCUCAAAGUCUCUUUCCAGGGUAACAUGAGGAUUUAUGGCGAUGCUAAGUGUAAUCGGUGGUAUUUCAAGUUCAAUGGAAACGAAUGCAGUGGACCAAUGACGAUUGAGGCCGCUGUUUACAACGACUGGUCAUCUGGGAACCCUGAUCUGUUCCAUCAUCGGUCAUUUGAGGGGUACUGUGAAAACAUUCCACAAGGGGCGCUUAGAGUGGAAUUAUGGGUAGGAAAGUGCAGUGGCUACACCUUGGGUAAUGCUUACACUGGUUGGAAUUCAGUGUCCCGAAUAAUGAUAGAAGAAGUAUCUAGGUCCCAGUACUAA